CCCUCCCAGUCAGAGGACCUUGGCACCUGCGCCCCGUUUGAGAGCGGCCGGCAGCCCCGCGGCGUGAUGCCCAGCGCCAGCUGCGUGUUCCCCACCUUCACGCUGCGCAAGCCGUCCUCGGAGACGGACAUCGAGAACUGGGCCUCCAAGCACUUCAACAAGCACACGCAGGGCCUCUUCCGGCGCAAGGUGUCCAUCGCCAACAUGCUGGCCUGGAGCAGCGAGUCCAUCAAGAAGCCCAUGAUCGUGACCAGCGACCGCCACGUCAAGAAGGAGGCCUGCGAGCUCUUCAAGCUGAUCCAGAUGUACAUGGGCGACCGGCGCGCCCGGGCCGACCCGCUGCAGGUGGCCCUGGAGAUCGCCACCAAGGGCUGGAGCGCGCAGGGCCUGCGGGACGAGCUCUACAUCCAGCUGUGCCGCCAGACCACCGAGAACUUCCGCCUGGAGAGCCUGGCGCGCGGCUGGGAGCUCAUGGCCAUCUGCCUGGCCUUCUUCCCCCCCACCCCCAAGUUCCACUCCUACCUGGAAGGCUACAUCUACCGGCACAUGGACCCCGUCAACGACACCAAAGUGGCGCGGCAUGUGCGGGAGCUCCUGGAGAGGACCGCUAAGAAGAAGGCCAAGUUGAGAAAGAAACCCAAGCCCUAUGUUGAGGAGCCAGAUGGGGUGGCGAUAAGCACCUACGCCAAGUACUGCUACCACAAGCUGCAGAAGGCAGCCCUGACCGGGGCCAAGAAGGGCCUGAAGAAGCCCAACGUGGAGGAGAUCCGGCACGCCAGGAACGCGGUGUUCAGCCCGUCCAUGUUUGGCAGCGGGCUGCAGGAGGUCAUGACCAUGCAGAGGGAGCGCUACCCCGACCGGCAGCUGCCCUGGGUGCAGACUCGGCUGUCCGAGGAGGUGCUGGCACUCAACGGCGACCAGACGGAAGGCAUCUUCAGGGUCCCUGGAGACAUUGACGAGGUGAAUGCCCUGAAGCUGCAGGUCGAUCAGUGGAAGGUGCCCACGGGGCUGGAGGACCCCCACGUGCCCGCGUCCCUGCUGAAGCUGUGGUACCGCGAGCUGGAGGAGCCGCUGAUCCCGCACGAGUUCUACGAGCAGUGCAUCGCGCACUACGAGAGCCCCGAGGCCGCCGUGGCGGUGGUGCACGCGCUGCCCCGCAUCAACCGCCUGGUGCUGUGCUACCUCAUCCGCUUCCUGCAGGUGCGCGGGAGCCGCCCUUUUCCUGGAUGA